GCGGACGAGUUGAAAUCAGUACCAUAUCAAAACGCGGCCGUACCAGUCGCGUGUGAUUUGGUUUUUUUUUCUUCACGGCCAUAUCGGAAAUUUCCUGGCACUUUGCUAAAAAGAAAGAAAGUGUGUAAUUUGAAAAUGUUCUAAUUCUUAUUUUUUAAAUUUUGAAUUGUGUGUGUGUGUGUUGUGAGACGUGUUUUUUUAAUUGACGACGUAUAAAUAAAUUGAAGGUUAAGACAAUGUCAAUAUGGUCAAUCUCGUCCAAACGACGUUGCUUGUCCUCGCCGUAGCCUCCGGCGCCAGCUGCCAGUACUUCGAUUUCUUCUCUGCUCUACAACCGCUGCUUCAAUACACGACUCCCAGACCACAGCACAUUGAAUACACGACUAAAAGGCAAAUCGUACAGAACACACGAGGCCAAACCAGAACAGAUGUCAGCAAACGCAGAGACAAUUAUAGCGUAAAUAGAGAUACUGUUAUACCAGUAGCUGAAUUACUCUAUGAACAAACAACGAGAAGAACAAGCAAUAAAAAUAUACAACCGAUACUAUACGAGGAAGUUACAAGAAGACCAGCGAAUAAUGCCAAUAGAAAUCCUGGUAUUGUGUACGAGCAAACAACCAAACGACCGACAGUAAGAACAACGACGAAGAAGACGACCACCACAACUCGUAGAAAUAUCUCGUCCUCCAACAAUGUAAGAGCCACUACACGAAAGCCAAACCAAGCUAUAGUCUUCCAAGAUAACAAUUCUAAUAAUAAGCGUCCGAAUCAAUCCAAUAAACAAAAUAGCAACGACAAAAUAUACUAUCAAGAUGGAAAACUAAAUACAGUAUACAACUAUGAAACUACAAAAUCGUAUACGACAAAAUCUCCUUUUGUAUUCGAAGAUUCUUAUCAACCGAAUAGCUAUGUGACUCAGAAUCCUUACAAGCCAGGAGUAAAGCCAGCAGUGACUAAUGGUGCUCCUAUAACGAAUAAGCCAGUUACUCAAAGGCCUUUCUCGAAACCAUACGAAGAUGACACAUCGGUUACUCCAGAACUGAUAUUCGGUCCUAACGAGGAUUAUAUGAGCAACGUUGACAAGAAGAGGUACAUUGAGCUGGCGGAAAAGAUGUGCGACAAAUACAAGGCGCUGAACAUAAAGCAGGUGGAAGCAAUCCCUCUUCUUCCGUCUCCCAAUUCAGUGAAAGUAAACGUGUCAUCUUGUACGCCAUCGAACGUGCCUCUGGUGGUGGGUGGUAAGGUGGUGACCAUUCAGGAAUUCCCGCAUAUGGCGUUGUUGGGCUGGAAGAGAGCUCAUGGUAGCGGGUACUACUGGAAGUGUGGUGGAUCUCUCAUCAGCGACCAGUACAUCCUAACAGCUGGUCACUGCGCCUACCAGGACAGGGACAACGCUGUUAUAUCUGGUCCACCAAGAGUGGUUCAGCUCGGAUCCUCGUUCCUAAACGACCGCAACGCGAAGGUGGUGCGAGUGGCGGCCGUCUACCGCCACCCCAAGUACAAGCAGCCGAAGUCAUACUACGACAUUGCCGUGGUGAAACUGGCUAGCCCUGUCUCAUUUUCAGACAGCAUCAAGCCCGCAUGCCUGGGAGUACCACCGGGAGUGGGGCAACCGAUCAUCGCAACCGGAUGGGGGAGAACCGAAUUUGGGGGUGACCAAUCUAACGAACUCCGAAGCGUGUCCCUUCCCAUCUGGGACAUAGAUGAAUGCUACGACGUUCUAGGAACUUCUAGGAAGAUCCCCAACGGCCCAUCCAGCGACAGCCAGAUCUGUGCCGGAGAGAAGCAAGGAGGAAAAGACACUUGCCAGGGCGAUUCCGGUGGCCCAGCACAAGUUCAGGAGGGCUGCAUUUGGAGGGUGACCGCAGUUACUUCCCUCGGAAGGUCUUGUGGAGCACCGCAAACUCCGGCCCUUUAUGCCCUCGUCCCAAGGGUAUUCGUAUCAGCCAUAGCCUUCGACCCCAGCGAGAACAGACACAAGGAGCAGAGAAACACCAAUCAGAACUACCAACCUAACAACAACAGAGAACAACGAAACAACUUUAAUACCAACAAUAACAGAGAACAACGUAACAACUUUAAUACUAACAAUAACAACAGAAAUGACUACGAUACUAACUCAAACAAUCAAUACUAUAACACAAAUAACCAAAGACAAAAUCAGGAUAAUAAUAAUCAGAGGAACAAUUAUAAUGAUUAUACAACGCAGAGAAAUUACUAUGUACAAGAUAGCUAUGAUAGGAAUCCGUCCAGAUUUGAUAAUGGUAGGGAAAGCCAAUACUACAAUAGUGGUACCAGAGUAUUUUGGCAGAAGUAGAUCGAAUAAAGCAAAGAUAUCAUCAACAAAAAGAAAGCAAAGUACCAUCGGAGAAAACAAUACAUAGGCAAAUUGCGAACCUAUAGUGUUUGGUCGAAUUAUGUCAAGUCAAUGUUAAUUCUUUGAGCCUGACUCAACCAGACCAAAUUACGUAGAUCCUUCAUUUGCUUAUAAAUUGAUUUCUCUGAUAGUAUAAUAAACGAAUGAACCACACAAACCACGUGAAUCUUUCUUUAGGAUUUCCAAAAGAUUGAAAUCUUCGUGAAGGAACUAUAUUUUCUUUGCCUAAUUAAUAUACAUAUCCUUUUUAUCCCUCGGAAUCCAGCUUAGUCUGUUCCUCCUCUGAUUUACUCAGAGGAUCAAUGGAGGGACCAAAUAUGAUCCACCAACCUUGCAAGCUGCAUCAAUUUUGAUAAUUGGUAUUUAUUGCUAAAGUUUUUAUACAAGUUUAUGUAUUCGCUAACGCUUCUGAUUGGUCAAUAUCAAAACAUUGUCCAAUCAACAACAAUCAACACCGUUUCAGAUAAACCCCUUAAAAAACCUCAGAAAUCAAUGUUUUAAAUUUUCUACGAUAAUAAUAUUGUUCGCAUCGUUAUGCAAACUACAUCCAAAACACAAUGAAUAAAAUUAAUGCAAUUUUCUUUACAUUUAUAUUAUUAAAAAUACUUUUUGGAUUAAGUAUUUAAAAAUUAAAAUGUAAUACUUUGAUAUUGGAAUAUAUUGAGUUAACUUAAACUCUCUAUUUAAUCUUUUUUAUAUUUUAGCCAUAACAUAAUUAUUAUUUUAAGUGCCUAGACU